AUCGCUUUAUAAACUCAUCUCUCCUAGCAUUCACCAAUCAUCAUCACUCUCUCAACGAAAAAGAACCAACCUAACUUUUUCGGUUAAAACAGUUUGAACUUGGCAUCUCCACUGAGAAUGCCAGCAACUGGCUUUCAAGGGAUCAUUCGGGAGGUCGUUACUAACUUCACGGCGAGACCAAGCCGACUCAACCCACCACCAAGAACCAACCAACAUGGAAGCUGAGCUCGACUCUUUCCAAAGACAAGUCGCCGAGAAGUUCAACGACCUCAACGCCUCCUCCGGUGAGAUUCUCUCCCUCUCAUGGAUCGGAAAGCUCCUCGACUCCUUCCUCAGCUGCCAAGACGAGUUCCGAGCCAUCGUCUUCAACCACCGCUCGCUGAUCAUCUCCAAACCUCCGACGGACCGUCUCCUCUCCGAUUACUUCGAACGGACCGUCAAAGCCCUCGACGUCUGCAACGCGAUCCGCUACGGAAUCGAGCGGAUCCGCCAGUGGCGGAAACUCUCCGACAUCGUUAUCUCGGCUUUACACAGUCGCCGUCUUAUCGGAGAAGGUCAGCUCCGGCGAGCUAAGAAGGCUCUGGUCGAUUUAGCGAUCGGAAUGCUCGACGAGAAAGAUCAGUCCUCGAACGCGUCUCAUCGCAACCGUUCGUUCGGGAGAACUAAAGACAAUCACAACCGUUCGAUUGUCUCGAGAUCUCUCUCGUGGAGCGUCUCGAGAUCGUGGUCAGCUUCCAAGCAGUUACAAGCGUUGGCGAAUAAUUUAACCGCGCCUCGGCAAAACGACGUCGCGGCGAGUAACGGUUUAGCUGUACCGGUUUAUACGAUGGCGUCGGUUUUGUUGUUUGUGAUGUGGGUUUUGGUGGCUGCGAUUCCGUGUCAGGACCGUGGGUUGCAAGUGAACUUCUCUGUGCCGAGGCAUUACCAGUGGGCGGUUCCGGUUAUGUCGUUGCACGAUAGGAUUGUGGAGGAAUCGAAGAGGAGGGAUAGGAAGAAUUGUUGUGGGUUGCUUAUGGAGAUUGAUCGGAUUGAGAAGAGUUCGAGGGUUAUGAGUGAGUUGGUUGAUUCGAUUCGUUUUCCGUUGAGUGAGGAGAAGGAGGUUGAGGUGAAAGAGAGAGUUGAGGAGUUUGUGGAGGUUCAUGAGGUUUUGAAGAAGGGGUUGGAUCCGUUUGAGAGGAAAGUUAGAGAAGUUUUUAAUCGGAUUGUUCGAAGUAGGACGGAGAGUCUUGAUUCUCUUUGUUAAUGAUGUUCUUGUCUCGAACAUGUUUGUCCUGAUAGGGUUUACUUGGUUAAUGUUUAUAGUGUUAAAGUUUGUUGAUAGAUAGAGGUUCAAUUUAUUUUAUGUGCGGUAAAAACUGUUUUAUUGAUAUCGUACUCUAUUACAUUUAAAAGAAUCAAUCGCCCAA